UUCAUAUGAAAAGUAUUCUGUGAUUGGAAGAUACCUUGUUGCACCAUCAUCUGAAAUCACUGUUGCGUACGUUCUUCUUUCGUUAUGACGUGACACCCUUUUUUCAACGUUAUCAUAGAUGCAUAGUGAUGAGUUACACAACAACAGAAUUAAAUAAUCGCCAUAAGAAAAAUAGGUACAUUCUGAUUUAAUUCCCAUUCAUUAAAUAUGCUGAGACAACCACCUAAAAAUUUCCAACAGUAAAAUAAUAUGAAAAAUAUAUUGAUUUACUAUCGACAGAGAAUGGCGCAACAACACCAGAAAAAUUUGCCGAUUUACGUAAAAAAAUUGAUUUAAUUUAUGAUGACGAUAAAGAAAAGUAUCAUUUAGCAUUAAAACAUUAUCACGAAUCAUUAGAAAUGAAAAUAACUUCGUCAGAGGCAUUUUUGGGACAAACGUUUUUUUCGCCUGUUACUGGUCCACGUACAAGAACAGCAGAUAUGCGAUCUGGAAAAACAGUUGUUCGUUACAAAUGA